GUCAUUAUAUCAUAUUUGCCGUCGAACUCAAGCCGACACUUUUCCCAACGGUCCCGAGGUUGCUUACGCGUGUUUGCAGCAAACUUCAACAAGCCACUAUCUCUGCUCCCGGUAUUAAAGGCGCAUUAUCGAGAAGAGCUGUUGCAGUUAAACUUGAAAGGCUCGAAAAUGGAUUGGGUAACACACAUCCUCUUUGGGAUCGAAUUUUGUUCAACAAGGUUAAACAGGCUUUGGGAGGUCGAGUACGAAAAAUUGUCACUGGAUCUGCGCCUAUAGCUUCAGAGGUGCUACAAUUCAUGAGGAUCGCUUUUUGCUGCGAUAUAGCCGAAGGUUAUGGCCAAACCGAGGGAGUUGCUUCCGCAACAAUAUCUUUCGAAGGAGAAAAUAAGGCGGGUCAUGUGGGUGGACCUAUGACGUGUUGUGAAAUAAAGCUGGUAGAUGUUCCAGAGAUGAAUUAUUUCGCGACCGAUAAACCAUUUCCUCGCGGAGAAUUAUGUUAUCGUGGAACGAACGCAUUCCUUGGUUACUAUAAGGAUGAAGCCAAAACAAAAGAAACUAUCGAUGAGGAAAG